GACUCGUUAAGGUCUGCCCUUCUUUUAUUUUCUCUACAUCUUGGAAAUUCCAUGUCCUUCGCAUGACCAUCUUCAUUUUACCUGCUCGCCUGAAACUCUUACAUUUUCAGAAGCUCCAGCUUCCACUGGUUGCCCACGCCUUGAUAAAAGCCUGUCUCCUAUCCGAUACCACCGACCCUAGUUACUUUUUCAGCUACACAGAAAACAGCUAUGAAAUUAGCAUAGUCGCCAGUGUCGAAUGCAUUGAAAAAGACUUUUUACCCUUGCUCAGUUCCGACUCCUUUAGUGGGGUGCAGGUGUCUCAGGAUGUAUAUAGAGUUUUACAAGUAGACGACGAAGGUGGCCAAGAUUGUUCUGGAAAGCGCAUAUCCGACCUUUCCGCUCCGCUCGCCCAAGCUCAGUUCUCUAUCUUCUAUAUGUCUACUUAUCAAACCGACUUUGUUCUGAUCAAAGAGAUCAAAUUAGCUGAAGCAGUGGCAUCGCUCAUACGCCAUGGCUUUGACUUUGAUCAAGAAUCCGUCGACGAAGAGUUGGGAAGCUUAGAUAUGGCCCAUGUUGAAACUCUCAAUGCGCCCAGCAUUGCACAAAAGACAGAUGAAAUGCAAUUACACGCUGAUCUUUCCCAAAGCUGGGAACAAACAGUUUUAGAUAACGAGUUACGAUGCGUUGGUUUAAACAAACAUGCCGAUGCUGCUUCGUGGUGUAUGUCAAUUUUGAAAAUCUUGUUAUAUCCAGACAUGAUUGAUGGCUACAGAGAUACAAUAACGCCAAGGUUCUUCUCAUAUACCUCGACAUGCGAAGGAGUAUCGCUCAUGACAGAUCAGUACAUUCUUGACACCUUUGACGAGAACAUUAUAUGUGGAACGGAAGACGAAACUCCUCUCCGAGUCAUUCAAGUCAACCUCAGCGACUCGAACUUGGAUCGCUGUGGCAUUGUUAGAUCGAUAUCACACCCACUUUCCACUGAAGCGCAAAUCAACAUUCUCUAUUUGAGCACAUAUACCACAGCCAAUAUCAUUGUUUCUGCUGGAGAUUUGGAACAAGCCAAAACUGUCAUGACAUCUAGACCUCAAUUGGACAUUCCUGAUCCAACAAAAGAAGAAACGCCGGUAUCUGCACUUAGUGACCCUAUAGAAACAUAACGGUUCAUUCCAACCCUAUGAAUGAUCGGUUCUCGACUCCUUAACACCAUCUCCUCACAUCGACCAACCUUUUAGCAAUAACAUUUAUAAAUUAACAUAACAAAAAGUCCCUGCAUGGUUUACCACGCCUUAUCAUCACAAACAGAAAACCGCACAAUGAACAGGAAUAACCAAAAUUCUAAAGUAACUUCACUCCAGUUGGCAAGGCUUGACUGGGGUACACACACCACUUGCUAGCGAUAUCCAAAAGAAAAUACAGAAAAAAGGCGACAUUUUGACAAUGCUCGGAAACAUAUGUACUGUUCAACAGUAUCUACAAUUUUAUGUACAAUGCAAAAACAAAAAUCUUAACAGAACUUACAUAACAACGUCUACUUUCCUCUAUUCUAUCUCUCGAUUGUUGGUGUAGAC